AGAAGGCAUCAGUUAAUGGCUUCGCACCACCCAGCGAAGUCCCAACCACAUUUGCAGGCUCCGUCGUUCCAGUAACUGGUCUAGUUCCCAGCAGCAGCGACCAACAUGAAGUUCUUCGUUGGAAUACUAAUUGCGAACUUACUGAUUAUAAAGUGCGCGAACGUCGCCUCGGCUCGUAUUAUCAGGAGAACCACGACCACGACCACUGAAGCCUGCACCGAAACACCCCCAGAGUGUGGUUGCACGGAUACGACACCCACCUGUGAGCCGACCACCACAGAAUGUGUCACGACCACAAAGCCUCCCACCACGACCACUAGACCCUGCACCACUACAACCACUAACGCCUGCACCACUACGAAGCCACCAUGUGGUUCCACGGAGACGACAUCUACCUGUGCGCCUACCACAACACGUUGCACCACUACCAAACCAUGUGUCACGACCACAAAGCCUCCCACCACGACGACUAGACCCUGCACCACUACCACUACUAAAGCCUGCACCACUACAGCCUGCACCACUACGAAGCCACCGUGUGGUUCCACGGAGACGACAUCUACCUGUGCGCCUACCACAACACGUUGCACCACUACCAAACCAUGUGUCACGACCACAAAGCCUCCCACCACGACCACUAAAGCCUGCACCACAACAGACUGCACCACUACAGCCUGCACCACUACGAAGCCACCGUGUGGUUGCACGGAGACGACAUCUACCUGUGCGCCUACCACCACACGCUGCACCACCACUACAGAAUGUGUAACGACCACAAAGCCUCCCACCACGACCACUAGACCCUGCACCACUUUAAGCACUACAGCCUGCACCACUACGAAGCCACCAUGUGGUUCCACGGAGACGACAUCUACCUGUGCGCCUACCACAACACGUUGCACCACUACCAAACCAUGUGUCACGACCACAAAGCCUCCCACCACGACCACUAAAGCCUGCACCACAACAGACUGCACCACUACAGCCUGCACCACUACGAAGCCACCGUGUGGUUGCACGGAGACGACAUCUACCUGUGCGCCUACCACCACACGCUGCACCACCACUACAGAAUGUGUAACGACCACAAAGCCUCCCACCACGACCACUAGACCCUGCACCACUACAAGCACUAAAGCCUGCACCACUACGAAGCCACCAUGUGGUUCCACGGAGACGACAUCUACCUGUGCGCCUACCACAACACGUUGCACCACUACCAAACCAUGUGUCACGACCACAAAGCCUCCCACCACGACCACUAAAGCCUGCACCACUACGAAGCCACCGUGUGGUUGCACGGAGACGACAUCUACCUGUGCGCCUACCACCACACGCUGCACCACCACUACAGAAUGUGUAACGACCACAAAGCCUCCCACCACGACCACUAGACCCUGCACCACUACAAGCACUAAAGCCUGCACCACUACGAAGCCACCAUGUGGUUCCACGGAGACGACAUCUACCUGUGCGCCUACCACAACACGUUGCACCACUACCAAACCAUGUGUCACGACCACAAAGCCUCCCACCACGACCACUAAAGCCUGCACCACUACGAAGCCACCGUGUGGUUGCACGGAGACGACAUCUACCUGUGCGCCUACCACCACACGCUGCACCACCACUACAGAAUGUCACUACAGCCUGCACCACUACGAAGCCACCGUGUGGUUGCACGGAGACGACAUCUACCUGUGCGCCGACUACUACAGCCUGUGUCACGACCACUGA